AUUACUGUACCGUUGCAUAACAAAAAAAUGCAUUGUAGGGACAGCAUAGUAAUAUCCUCGUUGUUUGCCUUAACUUUCCUCCAUUAACAUGGUUUGAGUGCCUAAGCAUGAUGGUAAUCCUCCUGAACUGUGUGACUCUGGGAAUGUUUCAACCAUGUGAAGAUGUUGACUGCUCAUCAGACCGAUGCCAAAUUCUUCAAGUAUUUGAUGACUUCAUAUUUAUUUUCUUCGCAAUGGAGAUGGUGGUGAAAAUGGUGGCCUUGGGGAUUUUUGGGAAGAAAUGCUACCUUGGAGAUACAUGGAACAGAUUGGAUUUCUUCAUUGUAAUGGCUGGGAUGGUGGAAUACUCUCUGGAUCUGCAGAAUAUAAACCUGUCUGCAAUCCGAACCGUGCGUGUCCUCAGACCCCUGAAGGCCAUCAACAGAGUACCUAGUAUGAGAAUCUUGGUGAAUUUACUGCUGGACACACUGCCUAUGCUAGGAAACGUACUCCUUCUGUGUUUCUUUGUCUUUUUUAUAUUUGGAAUAAUUGGGGUACAGCUUUGGGCUGGACUUCUACGUAACCGUUGUUUCUUAGAGGAAAACUUUACUAUACAAGGUGACAUAAUAUUGCCACCUUAUUACCAGCCUGAAGAAGAUGACGAGAUGCCAUUUAUCUGUUCUUUAUCUGGUGAUAAUGGAAUCAUGGGAUGCCAUGAGAUCCCAUCUCUAAGGGAUCGGGGUCACAAAUGCUGUCUGGAUAAGGAAGACUAUUAUUAUUACAACUCCAUCCAUCAGGAGUUCAAUGUCAGUGGCAUGUGUGUCAACUGGAAUCAGUACUAUAAUGUCUGUCGUACCAGCAACACGAACCCUCAUAAGGGUGCCAUCAAUUUUGAUAACAUCGGAUAUGCUUGGAUAGUAAUUUUCCAGGUAAUCACCUUGGAGGGCUGGGUGGAAAUCAUGUAUUAUGUCAUGGAUGCUCACUCCUUCUAUAAUUUUAUUUACUUCAUCCUCCUCAUCAUAGUUGGAUCGUUCUUCAUGAUCAAUUUGUGCCUGGUUGUUAUUGCCACUCAAUUCUCCGAGACCAAGCAAAGGGAACACCAACUGAUGCAGGAGCAAAGGGCUUUGUAUUUAUCGUCUAGUACAGUAGCUAGUUAUGCUGAGCCUGGAGACUGUUAUGAGGAAAUUUUUCAAUAUGUCUGCCACAUCCUUCGAAAGGCCAAGCGGCGCACAGUUGGUCUUUACACCAGCAUUCAGAGUCGGCGGCAGAGUCGUAUUGAGCUCAGCAAUGCUAAGCUGGGGAUCAAUGGCAAUGAACAAAAUCAGCUUUGGGUAUGUCAGAAGCACAGCCAGUUGGAAUAUACUCCUCGCGCAAUUGUACAGCCUAUAGCAAUAACGCUUACCUCUGAUCUUUUAAACUGUCCUCAAUGUACCAAAGCUAAAUGGAAUGAUGGACCGAAAUUAUCUACUCCAGACAGCAACAGAUCCAGUGUAGAAGGGACACAAGGGCAAAACAGUGAAACAGGGAGUUGUGGAAGCACAUCAGAACUUGACAAAGAGGCAGAGGAAGAUAGCGAAGAAGGCUUUUGUCAACGGCUUUGUGUAGAAAUUCGUGUAAAACUCAGGGGCAUAGUGGAUAGCAAAUACUUCAGCCGGGGAAUCAUGAUAGCUAUUCUUGUGAAUACAAUCAGCAUGGGCAUUGAGCACCACGAACAGCCUGAAGAACUCACUAACAUUCUGGAGAUAAGUAACAUUGUGUUCACCAGCAUGUUUGCUCUGGAAAUGAUGCUCAAACUUUCAGCAUUUGGAUUUUUCGACUAUCUCAGAAAUCCAUAUAACGUCUUUGAUGGAAUUAUAGUCAUUAUAAGUGUCUGGGAGAUUAUUGGUCAGAACGAUGGUGGGCUUUCAGUUUUAAGAACUUUUCGUCUUCUUCGGGUGUUGAAACUCGUACGGUUUAUGCCUGCAUUGAGACGGCAGCUGGUAGUCUUAAUGAAGACAAUGGACAAUGUGGCUACAUUUUGCAUGCUUCUCAUGCUCUUUAUCUUCAUCUUUAGUAUUCUUGGAAUGCAUAUUUUUGGAUGUAAAUUCAGCCUAAGAACAGAUUCUGGAGACACUGUACCUGAUCGGAAAAACUUUGAUUCUUUACUGUGGGCAAUUGUAACAGUCUUCCAGAUCCUGACCCAGGAAGACUGGAAUGUGGUGCUUUAUAAUGGUAUGGCCAGUACCUCUCCAUGGGCAGCGCUCUACUUUGUGGCUCUCAUGACAUUUGGGAAUUAUGUGCUCUUUAAUCUUCUGGUUGCCAUUUUAGUAGAAGGAUUCCAAGCAGAGGGGGAUGCUAACAGGUCUUAUUCCGAUGAAGAAAGAAGCUCUUCAAAUAUAGAAGAGUGUGACAAAUAUCAUGAAAUGCAGAUCGGGCCUGAUCAAAAGCUUUGUACAGUUCCAAUGACACCAAAUGGACAUCUGGAAAGCACCCCCAUAACAAGCCAACAGAUCACUGGUGGAGUCAUGAAUACAUCUAGAAAUUCCCUACAAAGAGAUCAAGUACUUGUAGCUGUAAACUGCAGGAAAAGCAGCAUUAUGUCGCUUGGCCGCAUAACCUAUGAUCAGAGACCACAAGCAGGGCCACGGCCACCUCACUGGAACAGAGGUGGAGCCUGGGGCAGUCGUAGAUCAAGCUGGAACAGCUUAGGCUGUCGUCCAAGUAUUAAGCCACGACCAUGUACAGCUGAGCAUGAGUCUUUACUCUCUCGAGCAGAAAUCCACAGAGACAGAAGUCAUUCCAGGAGAGCAUCAAGUCUGAAACACAGGAGAGCAAUGUCCCUGGACAAUAAGGGCUCUGCAGAUAUUCAACAUCAUUCUGGUGUCCGUACAAGCCAUAGGGCACCCAGCAAAGGGACUAACUCAGUUGGAGAAUAUCAGGAUUUCAGUGGAAAACCUCCACAGAUCAUGAAAGAUGUUUUUCCCAAGGUGAACAACCGUAAAGAUAGGGAGGAAGAAGAAGAGGAAAUUGAUUAUAGUUUAUGUUUCCGAAUCAGAAAAAUGAUUGAGGUUUAUCGACCAGAUUGGUGUGAAUUGCGUGAGGACUGGUCCAUAUUCCUUUUCUCUCCUCAGAACAGGUUUCGUAUUACAUGUCAGACAAUUAUUGCACACAAGCUCUUUGACUACAUCGUACUUGCAUUUAUAUUUCUCAACUGUAUUACCAUUGCUUUGGAGAGGCCUCAAAUUGAGCACAAGAGCACGGAGAGAUUGUUUCUCAGUAUAUCAAACUAUAUUUUUACUGCUAUAUUUGUAGCUGAGAUGACAUUAAAGGUGGUUUCUUUAGGACUUUAUUUUGGGGACCGGGCAUACCUCCGCAGCAGCUGGAACAUUCUAGACGGUUUCCUUGUCCUUGUAUCCUUGAUUGAUAUUGUGGUUUCUGUGGCAUCUGCUGGAGGAGCCAAAAUUCUUGGAGUUCUGAGGGUUCUACGACUUCUACGAACAUUACGGCCUCUAAGAGUAAUCAGCAGAGCUCCAGGUCUGAAGCUGGUGGUGGAAACCUUAAUAUCUUCUUUAAAACCAAUCGGAAAUAUUGUACUGAUUUGUUGUGCCUUCUUCAUCAUUUUUGGCAUCCUUGGAGUGCAGCUUUUUAAAGGUAAAUUUUUCUACUGCCUUGGUGUAGAUGUUCGAAAUGUCACCAACAAGUCAGACUGUGAGGCUGCCAAUUUUAAAUGGGUUCACCACAAGUACAAUUUUGAUAAUCUAGGGCAGGCUUUAAUGUCACUUUUUGUUUUGGCAUCAAAAGACGGAUGGGUUAAUAUUAUGUAUAAUGGUCUUGAUGCAGUUGCUGUGGACCAGCAGCCAAUUACCAAUCACAACCCCUGGAUGUUGCUGUAUUUUAUCUCCUUCCUACUUAUUGUCAGUUUCUUUGUACUCAACAUGUUUGUGGGGGUAGUAGUAGAAAAUUUCCAUAAGUGCCGCCAACAUCAGGAAGCAGAGGAAGCCCGAAGACGAGAGGAAAAGCGACUGAGGCGCUUGGAAAAAAAAAGGAGGAAAGCCCAGCGUCUGCCAUAUUAUGCCACCUACUGUCCUGUUCGCCUUUUAAUUCACUCUGUUUGCACAAGUCAUUACUUGGAUAUUUUCAUUACAAUCAUCAUUUGCCUUAAUGUUGUCACAAUGUCCUUGGAGCACUACAGCCAACCAAAGUCCCUUGAAGUUACCCUGAAGUACUGCAACUACAUGUUUACUACAGUCUUUGUACUUGAAGCUGUGUUGAAACUGGUGGCAUUUGGAUUUCGAAGAUUUUUCAAGGACAGGUGGAACCAGCUGGAUUUGGCCAUUGUGCUCCUUUCUGUAAUGGGAAUUACUUUGGAAGAAAUAGAAAUCAAUGCAGCUUUGCCUAUCAAUCCCACCAUUAUCCGCAUUAUGAGAGUGUUGCGCAUCACUAGAGUGCUGAAGCUGCUGAAAAUGGCAACAGGCAUGAGGGCAUUACUGGACACUGUCGUACAAGCACUGCCUCAGGUGGGAAACCUGGGACUUCUCUUCAUGCUUCUCUUCUUUAUUUAUGCAGCUCUAGGAGUCGAGCUGUUUGGGAAACUUGUUUGUGAUAAUGAUCAUCCAUGCGAGGGAAUGAGCCGCCAUGCUACCUUUGAGAACUUUGGGAUGGCCUUCUUGACUCUCUUCCAGGUAUCUACUGGAGAUAAUUGGAAUGGAAUAAUGAAGGAUACACUACGUGACUGCACCAGUGAUGACCGCAGCUGCUUGAGCAACCUACAAUUCAUUUCACCUCUGUACUUUGUCAGCUUUGUGCUCACAGCUCAGUUUGUACUAAUAAAUGUGGUAGUUGCUGUAUUAAUGAAGCAUCUGGAUGACAGUAAUAAAGAAGCACAAGAGGAUGCAGAGUUGGAUGCUGAGAUUGAGAUGGAGUUGGCUCAUGGACUCUGUUCUCAGGCAUCACCUGUUUUUGCUAUGGACAAUGGGGGACGUGGAGGAAGACCAACCACAGAAGGGCACCGUAGCUUAAGAUGUUUUUCUCCAGCUCAGGAGAACUUGUGGCUUGACAGCGUUUCAUUGAUAAUUAAGGAUACAUUUGAAGGGGAACUGAUGAUUAUUGACAAUUUAUCUGGAUCUGUAUUCCAUCACUAUUCUUCACCAGCAGUGUGUGAAAAAUGUAGCCACGACAAGCAGGAGGUCCAGCUGGCAGAAAUGGAGGCCUUUUCUUUAACCUCUGACAAGUCCUCUUCAGUACUGACUGAUGAUCUCAGUUCAGAAGAUCAAGGCAUCACAAGUCAGUUAAAGGAAAUUAAGGAUGGCCAAGACAGUCCAGACUCUUUGGGGAUUGGAAUGUUUGGUGAAAACCAUUUUCCACUUGCAAGCAUUCCCGGUUCUCCUGCAGCUGAACAAUACUUAUGUGAGAUAGACAAGAUCUCAUUACCCCCAGCAGAGUCUUGGGACAGCUGGCUGAAAGAAGAAAGCAACCCAGUAUCUCCUCCACCUCCCUCCUCUGCCAGGAGAUCCAUUGAUUCCUUUGUUUACCAAUCUCUGCCAAGUUCCUUCCAUCCUGCCAUCUCUACUGCUGACAAAGAUCAAGGGGAUCUGGCACUCCAAAAAAGUCUCCCUAAACUUUAUUCUCCUGAGCCUUGGACUACUCUUCAUUCCCCAGAUUACAAUUGCGCGGUCGUGCGACAGCCAACAGAAAGCAAUUCAUCAAUGGAAAGUGGAAGUGCAACUUCUGAGGACAGCUUACAGACUACACUGGAGGACAGCUUAAAUCUAAGUGACUCUCCCCAGUGCACCUUGGACCUCCCUGAUCUGCGUGUAGCUCCUACAACCCCCCAUACUACCCUUCCUAUAUCUUCUCUUUCAAUUAUGCAGAGGAGGAAUACUCGCCCUAGCUUUGCACUUCAGAAGGUUCAACGGCACCAACGGAGCAAUAGUAGUGGUGGUAGCACUAGUCCCUGGAUGUACCCUUCAAUGACUCCAUGGACCCUUUCUGAUGAAGAAGGUGGUGGUGGCAGUCUAAGAGGAACAAGUGAGCCUUCAGAGACUCUUAGUAGCUUAUCAUUAACAUCUCUAUUUUCACCCCCCUCUUCUUUAGCACCACCUGGUGGUGCCAUGAAAAAAUGCAGCAGUAACAGUCUUUCUGUUGCCCCCUCUAGGGUAAGAGGAGCAAAGCAAUUUUACGCAAUAGAUCCACAGGGCUUCCUUUCAAUGCCAUCAUGGGUGAAUGGAUUUCUUACCAAACUUCUGUUCCCCUCAGAAAACCAAGAGAACCAUAGUAGUACUGGAAAACUGCCAACUGUGGAAAGAGUGAUACCUGCCGGUAGUGUCUCAGGAAAUGUGGUCUUUGGCAAUAAUAAUCGGCUGAACAGACUGAGAUUUUGUUCUCUUUUAUAGGGAUGGGAAGCCAGGUCAUAUUGCUAGGAUAUGAAUUUUUAACUCUGAAACAGAAGAAAAUGGGCUUACGGCUCUCAAGCAGACCAGCAGAAAACACUAUAUUACCUCACUGUGUGAGCAGCCAAGCAAUGCAACUGGAGAGAGGAGAUGUACCGAUUGGCUGAGCUCUCAGGCUCUAUAGUGGAAGAACCGCUGUACUGUAUCUAGCCCUUUGAGGCCAUUACAUAUAGUAAAUAAUAUAUGUAUUACUUUAUUUAUAUAUAUUUUAUUUUUUACUGUUGCUUGGGACUUCCUGAAAGUUUGUAUAUAAAAGGUAUCUUUAUGUGGCAAUACAACAUAUUUGGAGGAGGAGAAACAAUAAUCUUGGUUUUUGAAAAUCCUAGUUUUAUCUGUGAAAUGCACACAUACAACAACAGAUUUUGAUACUUAGCGUUUGAAUGGGACGUCACAUACAACGCUUUGACAACUGAAAAAGCAAGAUACACUUUAAAUGAUCUAAAUAAUCACAACACAUAUUUAUAUUUCUACGCUGCCUCAAAAAUAACAUGGAAUUACAAAAAGCUUAACAUAAUACCCAAACUAAAUAGUUUUACCUGUGAUACAAGAGUAAUGUACAGUAGGUACUAUAGAUCCUUAA